AUGGCAGAAACUUUCGAGCCAUUGAGCAACGACCUUAUUCUUCGGGCCGCUAGAGGAGAACCCGUCGAACGACCCCCAAUGUGGGUAAUGCGUCAAGCCGGUCGCUACCUCCCAGAAUACAACCAGGUGAAAGGGGGCCGUGACUUCUUCUCGGUAUGCCGCGACCCAGAGCUUGCGAGUACAAUAACCCUACAACCAAUCCUCCGCUAUGCAAACCUGAUCGACGCGGCCAUAAUCUUCUCGGACAUCCUCGUGAUCCCACAAGCGAUGGGUAUGACAGUAGAAAUGCUCGAGGCGAAGGGGCCACACUUCCCGAAUCCAUUGCGCAAGCCAGAAGACCUCUCGCAGCUCAAGCCGGAAGUCGAUGUUCGUGCGGAGCUCGCCUACGUCUUCGACGCCAUCCGCCUGACACGGCGAAAACUCGCGGGGCGGGUUCCACUGAUUGGCUUUGUCGGCGCACCCUGGACCCUGAUGAGUUACAUGGUGGAGGGCGGGGGUAGCAAGACAUUCAUGUUUGUCAAGACCUGGAUCUUCAAACACCCCUCCGCUACGCAUUCCCUGCUGGCCAGGAUCACCGACGUCUGUGUCGACUUCUUGGCGUACCAGGUCCUGGCUGGCGCACAGAUGUUGCAAGUCUUUGACUCCUGGGCCGGGGAGUUAUCGCCGCAUGACUUCCGCACCUUCUCACUCCCGUACAUACGCCAGAUAUCCGUGCGGGUGCCCGCGCGAGUCAGGGAACUUGGAGGCGAGCCCGUCCCCAUGACUAUCUUCGCCAAGGGCGCUUGGUACGCUCUCGACGAACUGUGCGAGUCCGGGUACCAGGUCGUCGGCCUCGACUGGACGCACGAUCCUGAAAGUGCCGUUGCCAUUGCGAACGGCCGUGUGACGCUGCAAGGGAAUAUGGAUCCCAACGUUUUAUAUGGUGGCCGUGAGGCAAUCACCCGGACUGUCGAGAGGAUUGCCAAGGGGUUUGGUGGGGGGAGGAGAGGUUGGAUCGUCAAUCUUGGUCACGGUAUCACGCCGCUCGUCGACCCGGAGGAUUUGAGGUGGUUUUUCGAGGAGACAAGAAGGGUUACCGGAGCCAGCGAGUAACCUCUUUCGCGGAUCGCCGGGGAUAAUUGAAACAUAAAUUUACGAGGGGGGGGG